UGCCUGCUGUGUCCUCCGGACACAGUGGAAUACCAAUCGUUGAACGGGACCUCUGCACGAGGUCCCGAUCAUGUGAUCACUGAUUGGCAAAUCAGUGAUCACAUGCAGAGUAGUAAGCAAGAUGUCACUUGUGACAUCAUUGAUUACUACAUUCAUUGAGAAUUACUGAGUGAGCUGUGAGUGGUCACAGCUUGUCACAUGGUACAAGGCUGUUGUGAAUAGCCUUGUACCAUGUGACCUCUGUGAUCAUUCACAGAU